AUGGCGCUCGCCAUUAUGGCGCUCGCGAGCGAUUCAGUUCACCUGGCCUGCAGCGCAGCCCGGAGCCCUCCGCCACCCCCACCGCCGCCCCCGCCGCUGACGCCAGCAGGUGUCUGGGGCCCGGCGCAGGAAUGCGGCGCGGCCUUGCCUGGCGCCAGCUGCGCCUCCGCUCGUGGGAAUUGUGGCCAGGUGAGCCGCCGCGGGCAGUACGGCCUCCACUCUGCACCAGGAAUGCGGCCCUUGGACCCUUCUCCGUGCUCCCUACUCCCUGCCUCCGACGCCGAAAGCUUACAGGUGGCCCCCGUCUGGUUUGAGAUGCGCUGUCCUCGCACAGAUAUGCGGGGCUGCCAGAACGGAUCUCCUUGUCUGGAGGGUAGCGAUUUUCCCAGUGAUACACCUGUCUCGCUACCCGUACAGAUCCUCGGCCAGAACCCAGAUGUCGAGCCGCAGCAGAGUGCUGUAGGCUCCAGCUACAGCGCCCUUGAGCUCGCCCCGGCGGCCCCUGAAGGUCGCGCCUCGCAGCUGGCGCCAGUGCGCUGCUGGCGCGACGAUCUUGCGCCAGCGACGCCGGCGGUAAUUGGCUGGCGUGCCCCGCGGCGCCCAGCUGCGCCUGCCACCUCAUUGCUAUUCAAGGUGCGCCCAGCGGUCGCGGACGCGUCGAGAGUACGUGUUAAGGGCCGGCCACUGGCGCGCCCGCCGACGCCGCGGUGGCGGAGCUGCCUGCUCGCCGCUGUUUUGUGCGGCGCUGCGCGGCUGUUUUUGUCCGCCGGCGGGCCUCAGGUGUGCGGCGCAGGUGUUGCCCAGACUGGCUGGCGCCGCCGCUCGCCCACCACAGACGCCGGCCGCGCCGCGCCUCGCAUUCCUACACAGGCCGGGCCUGCCGGCUCAGUCACGCCGCGCCUGUCGCCGCGCUGCACGACCAACACGACCUCACUCCCCCCUCCAGCCACUGCACGUAAAACAACGCGCUGCGCUCGAGGUCGUUAUACAUCGCAGCUCAACUAA